UUACACGCUGUUGACCGGUUGCCAACUCGUUCCGAUCGAGUUCGAGCGGAUGCGGAAUGAAUACCUGUUGGUGUGGGUGGUGCUGGGAACCCUAACCUUAUGUGAAACAUUCUCCCUUAGGCCUUAACAGAUGAAAUUGGAGGUGCAGCCUGUGGGGUGGAGAUUCUUUUUCUUUUUCUUUGGCAAAAUGAUGAUUUUUAUAUUUUACUUCAAUUUCUCUCUUUUCUACGUUAAUACAGGUUACUUUUAAACUUAAAAAAUAUUAAUGUGUUAAGGUUAAUUUAACUUUUAUAUUGUUACAUGUUUAUUGCACGUUGCUAAUUGAUGAUUUGUUUUGAGAAAGAAUCUCUCAGGCUGAACACCACCAACAGAUAAAGCAGGUUGAAGGACAUAAAAUAAAGAUCAUUUUUAUUUUCUUUUGCAUAAUUGCAUCUGAUUCUGACACGUAAGUAGAUAAUCUAGGAGCAGAUGCAGAUCCAUCUCUGAAAAAGUCAAACAAAUAGCCUCACACUGCUCUUUCUGCACAGUUGGAGAGUGAAGAGCACAAAGCAAAUGGAGUCAACUACCCCCUUCUUCUCCAUCAUCACGAUCCUUAUCUUCUACUCCUUAGUCUCACUCUCAGCUUCUUCAAAUCCAAACAAUCCAUUCCCAAAAGAAGCUCUUCCUACUAAAUCUGGUUACCUCCCAGUCAGUACAUCAUCUUCCUCUGCUAUCUUCUAUGCUUUCUAUGAAGCUCAUAACUCAACUUUACCUCUCUCCCAAACCCCUCUUCUCAUUUGGCUCCAAGGUGGCCCCGGAUGCUCCUCCAUGAUUGGCAACUUCUAUGAGCUUGGACCAUGGACUCUCACUGAUGAAUCACCCCUUACACUUCACCCAAACCCUGGUGCUUGGAACAGGAUCUUUGGCCUCCUCUUUCUUGAUAACCCCAUUGGUUCUGGAUUCAGUGUGGCAGCAACAACACAAGAAAUCCCAACUGAUCAAAAUGGUGUUGCAAAGCAUCUCUUUGCUGCUAUAACAAGGUUUGUUGAGCUUGAUCCUGUUUUCAAGAACCGUCCUAUUUAUAUUACUGGUGAAAGUUAUGCUGGAAAGUAUGUUCCUGCUAUUGGAUACUAUAUAUUGAAGGAGAAUUCACGGCUGCGCGGUUCUAAGAGAGUGAAUUUGGCUGGUUUGGCUAUUGGAGAUGGGUUGACUGACCCUGUUACACAAGUGGUUACUCAUGCUGUUAAUGCUUAUUAUAUUGGUUUGAUCAAUGAGAGGCAGAGGAAUGAGUUGGAGAAGGAUCAAUUGGAAGCAGUUAGGUUAGCGCAGAUUGGGAAUUGGAGCGCUGCAACUGAUGCAAGGAAUGUGGUUUUGCGAAAGUUGAGGAAUGUAACAGGGUUGGCUACUUUGUUUGAUUACACAAGGAAAAAGCCCUAUGGCGAUGAUGUAGUUGAUAAAUUCUUGAACAAUGUCGAAGCUAAGAAGGCCUUAGGGGUGAAGAAUGAGUCACUUGUGUUUGAAGGAUGCAGCGAUGUGGUUGGCGCCGUGUUACAUGCUGAUGUGAUGAAGAGUGUGAAGUACAUGGUAGAGGAAUUGGUGAGGAACACUAGGGUGUUGUUAUAUCAAGGUCAGCAUGAUAUUCAGGAUGGAGUGGUUCAGGUCGAGGCGUGGGUGAAGACGAAGAAGUGGGAAGAGAUUGAGGAUUUUUUGAAUGCAGAGAGGAAGAUAUGGAAGGUGAACGGAGAGCUUGCUGGCUAUGUCCAACAAUGGAAGUCACUCACUAAUGUUGUGGUGUUAGGGGCAGGGCAUCUUUUACCUUCUGAUCAACCUGUGACAUCUCAAGCAAUGAUUGAAGAUUGGGUCCUUGAAAAAGGUUUGUUUCAAAGUUUGCAGCAUCAUGAAAAUGUGUCAAGAAAUACAUUGUGAUUGAAGUAUUGAACCAUAAGUGUUGUAAUUUUGUUAGCAGGAACUGAAUAACUCUUGGUUUUGGGAUAACUUCCACUUCUUUAUGUACCAAUAAAAAAGUUAACUUUGUGAUUUAAGUUACCUAUUAGAAGUGAGUUUCUUGUUGACUUAGUUGUUAUUUAUGCUUCUAUAUUAGUCAUUUUGCUGAAACAAAUCACAUUUUCAUCCUUAACAACAUCUGUAGAAACUGCAUGAAUAUAAUUAUAAAUGUGUGCAACUUAUUGUAGCAAA